GCUGUUCGAUAUAACAAGGGAAACAAAGAGAAUCACCAAGAAGUCUGCCAUGAAAGGACGAGAAACCAAGGGAGUUCCUUCAGCAGAUUUGCUAGUAUGUCUACCGUCUCGAGCCCGUUUAACCUUGAUGCCGAAGCCAAUUUGUAGCCCCACGAGAGCAUCAGAAUCCAACAAGCACCACCACAAUCACCAACAUUACCACCGUCGUCUCCUUAAGAAAUCAAGCACCAUAAAGGGUAGUGGAGGUUGCAGUGGCAGCCGUUCUAGCCCUUUGCUUUGGGCUAAAGUCAAGCAAAUAGGACCCGACAUCACGGAACCAACCUCCCCAAAAGUCACAUGUGCAGGGCAGAUCAAAGUCGGGUCUAAAACAAGUUCAUGUAAAACCUGGCAAUCAGUCAUGGAAGAGAUCGAAAAGAUUCACAACAGCCGGCAUCGUAAAAGGAGACCAAGUUGGGUGGAGUCUCUUGGUUUUAAGAAAGAAGUCGUGCAAUUCUUAACGUGUUUGCGGGGCAUUCGUUUCGAUUUUCGAUGCUUCGGGUCUUUUCCCCGAUCCGACAUCACUUCUGAUGACGAAGAUGAAGAAUCCCAAGAAAAUCGCAACCAUGAAGAUGAGGACGAGACCUCAGGAGCCAUCUUUUCCAAAUGGCUAAUGGUGCUGCAAGAGAAUCACGACAACGGGUUUUAUAAAGAAGAAGAAACGAGGGUCCACGAUCUUGUUGAUGAUGAUCAAGCUGCGAUUCCACCUCCGAAUGCACUCUUGCUUAUGCGUUGUAGGUCUGCUCCUGCAAAGGCUAGGAAAGAAGAGAAUGAGGAAGACAAGAACAAAACAAGGAAGUUGAAUCCAUUAAUGGAAGAAAAAAACAGAAAGACAAAAGAGAGCUUGGUGGUGAUGGGGUACGAGUACGACUGUGAUUUCUACAAAAUUUCAACUGAAAUUGCCAAAGAAACAUGGGUUGUUGGUGGAAUGAAAGACCCAUUGUCCCGAAGUCGAAGUUGGAAGAGUUGAUAAAGAUUUUCCCAGUGACCUAAUUUCCUUUUUCUUGUUCAUUUCGUGAGG